UUAUUUUAUUUAUUUAAUUAUUCUAUUUCGUUCCCGACCCUCAAACAACCUUUUCUCCCUCCACCUUUCUCGUCCCCGCCCCGCCUCCGAUCCCUUCCCAACAAAUAUUAACAAUAAAUCAAAAAAGAAAAAAAAAAGAAGAAAAAAACGAGGAGGAGGAUACGUUUAAUCGAGCUCUACAAUCGAACCCUAGAAUUUUAGGGUUUCUUUUGCGGAGAAUGGGCGACGCAAGGGCUUACUCCUCCUCCUCCUCCUCCUCCUCCUCCUCCUCCUCUCUCUUCUACAAUUACCCACUCAUCUCCGCCGUCGUCGCCUUCGCCCUCGCCCAAGCCAUCAAGUUCUUCACCACCUGGUACAAGGAGAAACGUUGGGAUGUUAAGCAAUUUGUUGCAUCUGGUGGAAUGCCAUCAUCCCACUCAGCGACUGUUACAGCACUUGCAAUAGCUAUUGGUAUCCAAGAUGGCUUUGGUGGCCCCCUUUUUGCUAUUUCAAUGAUACUAGCAUCUGUCGUAAUGCAUGAUGCUUUUGGAAUUCGACUACAUGCUGGAAAGCAAGCAGAGGUGUUGAAUCAAAUUGUAUGUGAACUCCCUGAAGAGCAUCCGCUGGCUGUCACUAGGCCACUACGUGAACUUCUCGGUCACACUCCUACUCAGGUCGUAGCGGGUGGCUUCCUCGGACUCUUCACGGCUGUCGUUGUGCACUUGAUCGACGUAAUCGCCGGCCGAACUUGACGCAUAGCUCCAAAAAAGAUAAACACUCGAACACUUUUGAUCAUUUUAGCUUCUAAUGCUGAUCACUUGUAGAAUAGAAGAAGCUCUUAUUCUUCAUUCUUUGUUAGACCUGCAACAUUAUUUGUGCAUAUAUAUACACACACACGUAUAUUGUACAUAAACUUCACGGUUUGGUUGUUGCCAUUCAUACUGUAGCUGCAACUUCUAAGUUGACUCUCCCUUAUCCAAGAAAAAAAGGAAAAAAAGAUGGUGAUCAAAUGUAGCAGGCUAUAUUAUUUACAUUGUACUAGUUGGAUUUUUUUUAAAAAAAAAGCCAUUUGGAAACA